AUGGCGACACAUUGGCACGCCGCCCUGGCUGGUACCGCGACAUCGUCUCGGUCGGCCACACCAGCGGGCCAUCGUCGCUCGGCACAUAUCGAGGUCAAUCCUGGCAACCCAUCUCGCAGCAUGUCUUUCGAUACCGAGCCCCGAUCUCGACGACGCGAAGCUGUAGCAGGCCUUCAAUCACAUCAGCUGCACCUUGUCCUGUCCGAGAUUGCUGCCGUCACCUUGGCUGUCCGCAAGGCUGCGCGUUGGAACGCUGCAACGUCGACCUCCCUCGCCCGCCUUACGUCCUUCAGCUACUCUGCCGCCCAGCUUCCUUCAACAGCGACCAAGCAGCAAAAUCAGCCAGUGGCCCGUGAUGUGAUGGACUCGGUCUCUACGCCUACCGUAUCAGCGGGCGACAAGAAAGCAGCGACAGGUUCAAGCGCUCACAUCGCGUUAAGAGGCAUGCAACGAGGAACGGCCACCGACAUCGGCUCGAGCUCGACCGCCACCGCCAGACGCCUCGGCUUGUCGCUAGGAGCCGAUGGAAAGUCGGACGAUCCGAUCAGCAUCCUCACGGCAUUCGCUACGCUGAAAGCCCAGCUCCGGACCUGCACCGCCUUCUCUGCCUUUCCGCUCCCCGCCCUGCUCGCACCGUUCCUACGGGUCAUCUUGAGCCCCCGCACCUCGGCUCCUGUCACAUCGGCCGCACUUCAAGCUGUUCACAAGUUCCUGGUCUACAACGUCGUAUCCCUGUCCGCGCCAGGUGUUCAGGUCGCAGUCGCAGAGAUCGCACACGCCACGAGUCACUGUCGUUUCGAGGCUUCGGAAGCAACCACUGACGAACUCGUGCUGGUACGCAUCCUCUCCGUUAUGCGCGAACUCAUUUGCGAGCCGGCUGAGCCCGAACCAGCCGUCUUCACGUCCAAUCACGUCGACGCUAGUCAAAACAGACGUGUCCGUACCUUGGCUGAUUGCCUGGGUGACGACAGCAUCUGCGAAAUGAUGGAGACCGGCCUCUCCAUGUGCUGUCAGACUCGCCUUUCCGAGGUGCUUCGACGCACAGCCGAGCUCUCCAUGACCGCGAUGGUCCGAACCCUCUUCAGCCGCCUUCCGCUCUUGCCUCCAUCGGCUGAUGAGUUCUUUGCUUCCGGCGCAGACGGAACCGAACCCGAACCGGAGCAUGCAACGCUCGCCGCAGAUCCAAUCGGCGAGGACGCCGAGCUUGACGAGAAGAAGCGCCGGAGGAUGACCAUGCCGGACCCCACCAGCAACGCUUUUCCCGCCGCCGCAGCUCAAGUUCUCGACCAACUCCGAGAAAUGGGGGAAGAAGAAGAGAUCCAGGAUGCUGCAGCAUCGCCGCAAGAAGGGCACGCAAAGCAAGGAGACGCUGAGCAAGCAACAGGGGAGGCCCCGGUAAGGUCAGAAGACCCGAAAGAGUCCGAGACAGGCCAAAGUGCGACGACACCUGCUGAGGUCAAUGACGAAACUGUUCAGGCUUCCUUACCAGCCGACUCUCAAGUAGAAUUCGCUACACCCAUGCUCAUCGAGGCCUUUGGGCUUCCCGCCAUUCUUGAAGUGUGCCGAGUGAUCGUCUCGCUUCUCGACCCCAACAACCUUCAGCACACCCACACUAUGCGCAGGCUCGGCAUGUCGAUGUUGAUUUCUGUCCUCGAGACAUCCGGUCGAUCCAUCGGCGACUUUCCUUCGCUACGUGCUCUCAUGCAGGACACAGCUUGCAAGCAUUUGUUUACCAUUGCACGCACCGACGACACCAUCCCCUUGUCACUCAGCCUCCGUGCACUUUCUACCAUGUUCGAGACCAUGCGCGAACACUUGAAGCUGCAACACGAGCUCUUCCUCAAUUAUCUUAUGGAUCGCCUAUCCCCAACAUUCCCCUUGCCUCUCGAGCCUUGGAACGAAAGGACGUUCGACAGCGUUGUCAAGCGCGCCGCUGAUUUCACGUCCCGCACAGGUACUCCCGAUCACAACUCGGCUGCCCUGCAAGUGCAACCGCCGCCACCUCCCGCACCACCUGCACCGCCACUGCCCAAAGGCUCGGAGCGAGCUCCCGCCACCGGAGAGGCGCGCGAGCUCUACCUCGAGACCUUUGCGCUUCUCUUUCGCAACUUCGACUCGGAGCGCUCUGCCGAAUACCUCGUGGAUCUCUAUCUCAACUACGAUUGCUACACAGACUGCGACGACAUGUACGAGCGCGUGCUCCACUUUUUGUGUCGCGCAAUCCACGCUGCCAACCCGCAGAACCCAUCGCAGCAAGAUUCUGUCCAGCUGUUCGCACUCGAUGCGCUCCUGUCUUUCAUCGCAGCCAUUGCAGAUCGCGCCGAAGCCUCAAGAGAGGGAGCUGUCGAUUCAAGCGCAGUGCUUCCCAAUGACCUCUCAGUCGAAGCUCUGGCGCUUCAGAAGGCAAAGAAGGCGACCAUCCUGGACGGCGCGAGUCGCUUCAACGCCAAGCCCAAAGAUGGCUUGGUCUUCCUGGAAAAGGAAGGUCUUCUCGACUACGGCGAUGUCACCCUCUCGCGGGAAGACAGGAUCGCUCGAUUCCUCAAGGAGUGCCCUCGCCUCGACAAGAAGCUCGUCGGCGACUACAUUGGACGUCCUGACAACGUCAAGGUGCUCGAGGCCUUCAUUCGUCUGUUUGACUUUAAGGAUAAGCCAAUCGCCGAGGCCCUGCGAGAGAUGCUCGAAAGCUUCCGUCUGCCGGGUGAAUCGCAGCAGAUUGAGCGCGUCACACAGACGUUCGCUUCGACCUAUUUUGCGGCCAAGCCAGAUGGCAUCGCCACCGAGGACGCCGUCUUCAUCCUCGCCUACUCCGUCAUCAUGCUCAACACAGAUCAACACAAUCCGCAGAACAAACGUCGCAUGACGGUCGAGGACUAUCGGAAGAACCUUCGUGGCGUCAAUGGAGGCGACGACUUCGGUCCCGAGCUUACAUGUGCCAUCUAUGAAAGCAUCCGCAAGCGAGAGAUCGUCAUGCCAGAGGAACACGCAGGCCAGCUCGGCUUUGAGUACACAUGGAAGGAGCUGCUUAGGCGCUCGCGAAUCGCCGGUACUUUGGUCGCAUGCAACACCACAGCCUUCGACCGCAGUAUGUUCGAAGCAAGCUGGAAGCCCAUUCUCUCAAGCAUCGCCUUCGCCUUUUCCACCUUCUCGGAUGAGUACAUGGUGGAACGAGCGAUCUCCGGCAUCCGUCAGUGCGGCAUUCUCGCAUCCGACUUCGACCUGAUCGAGGUCUUUGACUUUAUGGUGCAUACCCUUGCAACUGCCACGGGUCUACUCGAUAGCUCGGUCCCGCAGACUCUGACAAGCAAUCCUACCGUCGAAGUGGAGAGCCAGCUUGUUACCGUCAGCCCGCUCUCGACUCGUUUUGGUGUCAAUUUCAAAGGUCAGCUGGCGGCAGUAGUCCUAUUUACCAUUGCCAAUGGCAACGUAGAUGCCAUUCGCACUGGUUGGUCAGAUCUCUUCGAGAUCUUCAAGAACUUGUUUGCGCAUGGCAUGCUGCCAUCCACUAUGGUGCAGAUGGAAGACCUCGCCGACGGUCCUGUUCCUAUUCCGCUCAAGCCAAAGAAGAUCCCGGGUCCUUCACCUCAGGAUCCGCGAACACAAGGAGGCGGGCUGUUCAGCACGCUCUCCUCGUACCUGUUGUCUCCUUACUCGAACACGAACGAGCCUGCCCCGUACGAGGCCAGCCCCGAAGACAUUGAGGCGACGUUGAGCUCAGUGGACUGCAUGGCAUCCUGUCGUCUCGAGGACCUGUGGCACCAGGUGCUCCAUCUCGGCACCGAUUCACACCUGUGUGCCGUACACUACCUCCGCUUCCUGAUCGAAGCUUUGACCGUCGAGAAGGUGCUCUACCGCGAGUCGUCCGGCUGGACGGACGGGACUUCGACGCCGACUAGCGUGCAACAAGGCGCAAACGCUGCUGCCAACGGCAAAGACUCGGGCAAGCUGCAGCCCGCGUCAUCUUCGGGCAAUCUCGCAGCUGGUGGAGCUGGAUCGCAUGGCGCGCCGGUGGGUGGCCUGGCGUUGAGUUACGAUCCGCGCGUGCCUUUCUUGUUGGAGCUCUUGACUCAGAUCGUCGCUUCUUCUCCGAGUCAGCUGGUCGUCGAGACAUGGCCAUGGCUGUCGGAGCACAUCACGUCCGUGCUGCGCAACGCAAAGUCGUACCAUCCAAUGACGGUGGAACGCGAAGUGGCUGCGCUGUUGCGGAUCAUCGCUUCAGCAGCCGGCGAAGAGAGCUUGCGCGAUCAGAUCUUUGUUACGCUCGACCUCCUUCGCGAGCUGCCCGUCGACAUCCGCAUCUCAGGAUCCAAGCAGCUGCUCGCCGGUCUGACCCGCAUUUUGUCGGCUCAUCCGACGUUUGUGCGCUCACACACCGAAUGGAGCCUGGUCUUCGCCCUCAUCUCCGACAACUCGAACAUGCGCAAUGCUGACUCGGCUCGCCUUGCGUUCGAGACCACCAGGGCGAUCGUCGUUGGCGACCCGGCUCAGACCGACCCGGUCGGUGCAGCGCCCAGACUGUCACCUGACAACUUCCUGCCGGCUGUUAUGCAGCUGAUCGACUUUGCCAACGGAGCCGACACGAGCGCCUGGCGCAACAUGAUGCUGCGCGAGACGCCGCAACGCCGCACAACCAUCACGGAGAAGAAGGAGAUGGCUGAUGCCGAAAAGGUGCAGCAAGAGAGAGGUGUCGAAGCCGUAGAGGUGCUCGAAUCGCUCAAGAGCGAGAUUCCACGCUUGAUCGACAUCGAACUCGGCGCGGUCAACAAGGAGGUUGUCGAAGCUCGAGCAAAGGUGGACGAGGUCUGGAGCAAGUACUGGCUGGCCAUACUGACAGGCCUUGUCCGACAGUGGACCAACGCCUAUGCUCCCGUCCGCUCGGCUGCGGUCACCUUGCUCCAGCGAACGCUGUUCUCCGCGCAGCUCGUUCCGUCAGCGUCGCCCGCCUUGCCGUCGCGUACGGCGCUGAUCCGUGUUGUCUUUUCGGCAACACUGUUCCCGCUGAUCGAAGACCUGCUGAAACCGCAGGUCUACCAGAUCGAUCCGCCGUCAGCAGCGAACAAGAACGGCGGCAUGCUCGAGAUCCGCAUCCGAGCCUCUGCCCUGAUCUGCAAGACGUUCCUGCAUCUCUUGGCGCAUCUAAGUCCGUCCUCCGGAGCGGCCGACGCAAGUGCGGGUGCGAACGGAAGCCACAAUGAAGAGCAAGAAUUCGCCAAGCUGUGGCUGGAUGUUCUGGAUCUCAUGGACCGCAUGAUCAACUCGACGGGAGGAAAUGCGGGCCGAAGAAAUCCCUUGACGGAGGCUAUUCCAGAGAAUCUGAAGAAUGUUUUGUUGGUGAUGUCGACGUCGCAGCUUUUAUCACCAGAGGACGGCGCUGGGAUGCAGAAGCGCUUGUUCGACAUGACGCAUGACAGGUUGCAGCGAUUCUUGCCUGGAUUAGUGGAGGAGGUUUUCAGGCCACCGGCGGCUGCGCCAGCUUCAGUAAAAGCGGAACCCGAACCGGUGACUGCGACGGAUGCCGAAGAGUCGCAACAGGCCUAA